AACAUCUCGCUGUCUCUGUUCACUUUUCUGCUCUUUUCUCCGUCACGCUAUCAUUUGUCAUCAUCGAAAAAGUCGUAAAGUGAGGUUCACAUUUUCUCUCUGUUCUGGCAAAAAAAAACAAAACAAAAAAGUUCAAAGCAUACACAAGCUGCCGGCUACCUCCUGCGCACCAGAAUCAAACUAACGGAUGGCUGACCUUUUGCAGAAUCGGGCUCUUCUGUGCGACCCAUUUUGAAUUGCAAAUUGCUCCAUGUUUCAAACUUUUCACGAUGGAAUAUAUAUGUUUAAAAAAAUGUAAAAAAAAAAUAGACUGCUCAGCUAUGCAGAAACUUUUCUCUGUGCAUAUCUCGCAACAGAUGUGCGCACAGUGAGUGAAAAGACUCCCCCUUUCAAACAGCAACCGCACACCAAGGGAGGAAGCAAGUGAAAGCAUGACAGAGCUGGAACAGAUUGAAAGACUGAUAUCAUUUUUUUUUUACUGUUACUUGUUUUUGUUGUAGUAGCAGCUUGUAGAACUACACGAAGAUUGAUUGCACGUGACUUUAAUCUCGCAUCUGCGACUGUACGAUCGGCCCGAGCACAGCCUGAUCAUACAAUGCCUCUAACUGACGAAGCAAUAACAAGACGAUCGGACACAUGGGUUAACAUCUGUCCGGCAGGAGUCCGUUUAAUCACCGCUCGCGUUUUAGAGCAAUCCUAGCUUCUGUGCAACAGAUGUGGGGGCAGAGGUGUGACAUUCACAUUUCUUUCACUCUUCCUGUGACUCCUCAUCAAAUGCCACGAAUAACUUCAAGAGUAUCAUUACAGGGCAGUUAUACGCGAUACUGUAACAAGGUACUGAAGUAUUCUUGAGACGACACGACUGAAUCAUUGUGCGAGAUGUCAACUGUCCUGCUUUCCGUGUUAGUAAGGCUGGCAUGGUCCUAACUGAAGUGGCGAAUGCAAAACCUUCAGCUGAUUUAAAAAAAACCUUGCAAUUAUGCACUAUAUGCUUCAAAUACUGUACAAACGAGCGGUGGUUUUAAUCAACAGGUUAUGACAAAGGAUCUCAGUUUCCAGUACCGACCUAAAAACAGGCAGCUGUGGUCUAAAGCAGCUUCACAGCUCACGAACCACAUUAUUAUCACCAGGUUCUCAAUUUAGAUAUGCAGUGUGUUUCCGUUUAUCAGAGAACUAGAUGGAUCGUAUGAAAAUGAAUGGAAAAUUAGAAAAUGAGCAGCUUCCUCAAAAUGCGGUGCGAGAUGAUAAAGGGAAUGUGAGCAAAACAAAACUUCAAAUACAAUAAAGCAGCAUGUACAGAAGAUAUCAGCUUGAAAGCUUAUCAGCCAUCAUUGUUAAUUUAAAAAAACAACAACCUUACAGAGCUUUCUUUCCUGUUGCUGUGAGGUUAGAUGGGGAUAAAAUCAAGUAGACGCUACCACACCUAUUCUCGUCUGACUACAGCUCCACGUCUGCUUCUUUCUCUCUCUAGGAUUAGUGAUUUGAACCUGAUCCUCGCUGGUCUUUUGUUGCAGGGCCUCGCUUACGUCGGCUGUGUUUAACAAACAUUACCCGGGACAGAUUUCAGCCGGUGUUUGUAUAAUCUCACCUACAGUAUGCCGUGCAGAUCACGACAAGCCGGUUAGCUUAGCGAGCCGGCGUGUAAGGGCACAAAAAGUGCUUGACUAAGAGAUUUUAACAGCCCUGAAUCAAUUUGUCAAAAUGAAUGAAGACGCGGCUUCACAUCUGAAGAAUUAUGCAAUGUGUUCAUUGUGAGACUGACGGUGAAUGAGUCCGCACGCCUUCUUCCCACCUGACAGCAUGUGGGCAUGCCCAUGUAACAGCAUCCACACAGGGAUACACAAUCUGAUGCUAACCUUCUGUGACACAGAUGUCAUCACGGCAGCUGUCCUGAAUCUGAUUCUUUUUCUUUAAGAAAACUGCUCAGAAAGCAGAGAGGACAAAAAAACGCCCUCCAAAAAAACCUGAUCUGUUAGAUGCAUACCCGCAAAAACUUGUGUUCAGGUUAAUGUGCUGCGUGUGUUUGCAUGUCUACAAUGGCAGAGGAGCCAUUUUUGUGUGCACGCGUGCGUGUCCGCCCUCCUCCGUAGGAUCGAGGUCCAGGUUUUGUUGUGUGUGUGUGUGUGUGUGUGGAGUUGGGCUGGGUGAGUAAGCCGCCCCUCACAGAUGAAUAGAGGAUGGGAGGAGGCUUGAAGAGGCUGCCGUGGGUGGGAGGCCCAAGCCCUGCCAAAAAAGCUCCUUCUGUGGGAUUUGUGUACUUUUGCGUUCCUCACGAAACACAGCGCCUGGCUCCAACGACAGAAGCAGCCGGGGGGAGGGAGGUGGGCCCUUUCUCUCCCAGGGGUCGGCUCGAUCACACCCUCUGCUUUUCAAGCUAUAUCCCAUCUUUCCGUUUACAGUGCUCCUCCUUUUCAUCUCCACAUCCAGUAUUUUUCUUAAAAAUAAUAAACCGACCGAUUAUACUCGCACACUUUGACUUCCUGGGAACACCUCUUGCCUCACACUUCCUGCUCACCACCUACCCUGACACUAAACUCUUCAAAAACAACAUAAUCAAGGCAUUUGGGUUCCUUUAAGUUAUUACUGCUUUACAUAAAUAUAUCGCUUUACUUUUGAGCUGUGUGUGUCUGUGCUUUAUCUGAAAGGUCUCGCAAAACUGCAAAAACAAACUCGAUCACACAGAAACUUGUUUCAUGUUAUGAACUUCUAUUAAUAAUGCAACAGUUGCUUUGUAUUUACUAAAUCACAGAGUGUCUUGUAGUGGUUUUUUUUAUGCAUUCCUUAGCAGGGUCAUAGUCAUCAGAGAAAUAUUUUUGUCAUACAUUUCAACAUCUGAAAUGUCAGUGGCAGCCGCAAUUUGUAAUGUGGUUGCGCAGUGAAGCAUUUCACAUACAAUUUGUGGGUGUUUCCUGAAUGUUACCUAGAUAAUACAAAAUAGGGCCCCUGUAACCACUAGCAACCCACCUAGCUUUAACCUGGCGACAAGCACAAAGAAAGGCAUUGGCUCUCGGCAGUUUGGCAAUCGGGUAAAAUGACUGGCUGGUAAAUUAGAAAACGAAGAACAGCCGCACGUACAGUGCGGGGAAACAUAUAGAGCAUAGAGCCGCGUGUCAUUCAGCAUCAGGGAGUUAGAUGAAGAAAAGAAGAAAGGGAGGAGAAGGAAAAAAGAGAGCGUGAUUUCAUAAUGUCUAAAAGAAAGAUCUGGGUUGAAUAAGUGGGUCCACCCACCUGUGUGUGAGAGGCAGUGAGAGAGAAAGCAGGGCUGGAUGGCAGUUUUAGAGACAUGAGUGUGUGGGUUAGGCUAGCUGGCCUGCUUAUGCUAUCUAAUCACUGGGAGAGAAAGGAGAGCAACAUGCCUUGAUCCACCCACCUACCCCAGACAAACAGCAGUUAGCCUGCUAAGUACUAUAUGUAGUCGCCUGCAGCUCGAGGUGCUUCACUGGGAGAUAAAAUGUGACAGAGUUUGCAGGUAACACACACACACAGAACAAUUAUGCCUCACUCUGUGCUUGGGAGAAACAGAGAUGUGUCAUUCUAGAGGCCACUGUGGUUCACAACUUCGUAAGAGAGAGCGUUUGAGUUUAAGCUGCCAAACACACAAACACGCAGGUUUCAGGUCGAAAUAACUCUAAUGAGACAUCGCUCACUGUCUUUUGUUUUCUAACCAGAUUAGUCAAAUUAAUUUUAACCCCGUCCACGCAGAUUUCAACUUUCUUUAUCUCAGAAUAUUUGCUUUCCGUGUGUGGAUCAUUUUAUAAGUUCUGCUUGUGUUUUGUCACAGAUUAGUUACCUGCUGUGAUACCUGAGUGGGUGGGAUGAAAUUGGGUUCGCCUCCAAAAAUAGCUGACCUGCGCAUCGGGCUUGUGUAUUUUGCCAGUGUGCAUGCGGUUCACAGCGGUCCGCCACCUCGUGCAUGUGUGUGUGUGCAUGUGUGUGUGUUCCAUGACAGGCAUCUGUCUCCCCUGCCCUGCAGCCUGACUGGUUUUAAUUAGGAGGUGCCAGAGUGCCCGAGGGCUCUCUUGCUGACACACACACGUACACAUGCUCUCUCUCUCACACUCGCACACACACACACACAAACAUGCGUACAGCAUACACACAAUACCUGAGGGCAGACAGAGGCUGUCCCACCAAGGCUGGCCUCCUUCUCGUUAUCACCGUAAGGAGUUGUCUUCAUUCACCUGACGACCCUCGCGAAACACGCACGUACACAACGCUCACACAAAAAUACAGACACCAAACCAAUCCAGCAAACACAACAAAACCCAUUCUGAAGUCAAAUUGCGCUAGCGGGGCCAUGACUCUUUGUACAUUUUGUUGGGAUUAUUACGCCUUGAAUACAUUCUUCUCAAAAAAGCGGCCUCAAACAUGACGAAUGAUCAAAUUUACCUUUAAGAAAACACUCAGUGGAUUCAUACAAAGGAGUGCAGCCAACUGUGUGAGACUUUCACUGAGUACUUGCAGUUCUUUACCUCCCUUCUGGCAAAGCUUCCCAUAUUUAUUAGGCUGUUUGAAAAGAAGGCCCAAUGGGAGAAAGUUAAAGCCCAAAACAGACAGGUCAGCAGACAGGAAACGCCCUCGUCUCACUCACCCAAAUGGCAUGCUCCAAGGUGAGUUCUAAUGACCUCAGUGCAAUGACAGAUGGGUGUGUAUCUCUGUGAAUGUUUGUCUGUGAGUGAGUGAGGCAGAGCUUGCAAUGGGUUUGAACACAUUCAACCCUCCCUUUGUGUUUAAUCAACAUUGCAUCUCCAAGUGCCUGGCUGUCCUUGGCACUUGAGGCAAGGGAUGUUAGACCUGGGAGGCUGCUGCGAUGCCCUAUCUCUGGAUGGAAGAGGAGUGGGGGUAGUGAAUGCCUCCCUUUCCUGCUUCUCUCCCACACCAGGCCACACCUGGCUUCACAGUCAAAGUAUGAGUUUGGCCGGUCGUGUUUGUCUGCCUCUACAGUUUUUAUUAAUCCUGGGAAGGUCAGCUGAGCUUGUCCCUGAACUGUUUUAGCACGCUCGUGGGCUAUGUGUAUACUGCUGCAUUUUAACACUGAUUCUUAGCAGUUAUAAGUACUUCUUGAAAAGUCAGAAUCCAGAACUGCUUUACAGACCCCCUUCAGGUCAGAGUUCACAUUUAUCCCAUCAGAAAGUGGUCGGUCACUUUUGUGGAGGUGAAAUCUAUAUUUAUGCAGCUACUUUAGUCAGUUUGGCAUAUUUGCAACUUGAUGAAACAAUAUGAAUGUCUUUUGGGAACACUUAAGAAAAAGUGAUUCCAGCAGAUAUUCAGAACCAAAGUGCGUCCAUAAGACGGCCUCAACUCUCCAGGCAUCCUUGUAAUACCUCUUUGCAGCUAGUUUGAGAAGCGUCUACCUAAACGCUAGGUGGCGGAGGCAGGGCCCUGUUUGCCAAACAAGGCGAACUAAAAAGCUGCAGUCUAGGAUCACACUAUUUCAUACCAGUGGCACAUGUAAAAAUUCACUCUGUGAUACGUGGCUGCUGUGCUGCUACAAGACCAUCUGAGAUGCUGAUGAGAUCUUCUCAGACGUGCCAAAAAGAGCCAAUUUUAGUAUUAAGAAUCGGACUGCCGUGUUUAUGGUCUGCACAGAAGGCCAAGCUGAGUAUAGCACCAAAGUUUUCAUGAUAUCAACUUUAUGUAAUGAUGCUUCACACCCCAUCCCCCAUCCAAAGUGCCAAUCUGGUGCCCUUGUGUGUGUGUAUCUUGCUGGGAGCAGCAGGUGGCAGUAAACAGGUACACUGACACACCAGUCAGAGAGACAGACAGACAAAACAGAUGACUCUUACUCAGCCCUCAUGACUGUGAGCGCGCACAGAGCAGGCGGCAAGAUCCACCGCUUUUUCCUGGAGAAAGGGGAGGAGGAAUGAGUUGUUAGCUUAGAGAAACACAAAAGACUGAGAGACACAGAAAAAACUUUUGAUUGUUAUGUGCACAGCAGUUAAAAAUAGCUUAUGUUAUUUUGUGAUUAAGCCAAUUAAACUCGUCGCUGCAUAUGGGAUGAAGAUGCACUUUUUUUGGCCUUAAUGCACAUUUCUCACCAGAUUUUCUGAUUUAAGUCAUAUAACAUGUUCAGGUUGUCCUGAAAAGAAAGAAAGGCAGAGCUGAGAUUGUACGAGCAGUUUUAAAGGCCUUUAAAUUAAGCUGCGUAUUAAUUUGCCAUAGACGUUUGUGAAGUUUUGUCACCAAACACAGAGCUGCAUGGCAAAUCUGUGUUUAACAAAUUGCAUGUCAGCGCCACGAGAUGACUGUUUUCAAUCUGCAGUUCAAAAGCCUGCACUUCUUUUUUUUGUGCUUUUUUUUCUUCCGAGUUUAGAACAAAGCAAUACGCACAGGUACCACUUACAGAGCGCUGCUGUGACGGCAGCAGGCGUGUUUAGAACAGAUAGUCGAACUUUUUAGGAAGACAAACGCUGUUUUUCUGGCCGUCUGGCUGGGCUGCUAGCAGUUAGUGGCUUACCCUGUUUAUAUAUACUAGAUGCCAAUGCGAACUGGCCUGGGCUCUCACCCUGUACAAAACAGUGUAAACCACCGUGGGCAUGGGCUGCGGUUUGCUUUGGUCCAUUUUUUCCCCAAGUGGAAGUGGGCAUAGCAUAGUCUGAUGUACGCUCUGAUGUGUACUUGUUUGUGGAGGUUAACUCAACACAAUUUGACUCCUUUCACUGUCUGAUUGUCGGUUAUGAUAUACGGUCGGUCAGAAAUAUUUUAGUAGAUUUGAAGGUCCAGCAGCCACCAGGAAAACAAUGGCUCGCUGCGUGCUCUACCAUCGUGGACGAACAUCUGCUCGGAUCUCGCUUGCUGCCUUUAAACAGCAAGACUGCUGCUCUCUCUCAUAUUGCUUAGGCGGUAAAACUUAUACGAAUAAAAACAGUGAAGUAUGACAAAGGGUGUGGUUUAAUGAUGUCACACAGGAAAACCCAAUGGCUUUUUCGACACUGUGAAUGUGCUUUGUCAUAACAUUUGGCUUGUGCGCGCGUGUGUGAAAGCAAAGGCAAAGGAAACACUUGUUCUCCCUUUUUCUUUCCCUCCGUCUUGCCAUCACAAACAUCUGACUCAACACAGAAAGGAGCUUAACAGGCAAUCUCGUCUUGAAGUUUAACGUCUCCUCAAAACUUCUGCCGAACCGAGUUUCCUCCUCUGUGCUCGAGCCUUUACAGAAUGGCUUAUUUCUACACCUUUUUCUGCAUGAACUUCCUCCUCCUCUCCACAGACUGAGGUGGUGGUGCUCGCCAACUGUUACCCUGCCUCGGCGCUUUCUGACUCAAAACAGGACUCUAACGUUGGCCGUCUGCUCUUCACGGCCGGGUUUCUGAAACUUAGUUGAAACAACGGUUCGACAAAGCGAGAAAGAGAGAGAGAGAAAAAAAAUAAAAGGUCUGUAAACAGACGCUUGUGGUAUUUUUUUUCUUUUGUCGCGUUUGUGGUCUAAUUCUGUCUCAGAUACAGACAGCUUUUAAAUAAUACAGCCUUUCAAAUUAACGCCACUGACUGAAUCAGCUAGUUUAACGGGGUUAUGCAGAAGUCUCUCAGGUCAAAAUAGGUUGAUUUAUUAGGUUCUUUUUCCAGAAACGAGUCAGUUCUUGCUAUCAGUAUUUCUCUAAGGUGGGGUCAGUGUGUGGCUUCCUGUGGAAAUCGCUUUAGAUUUAUUUCAAGUUUCAUUUUUAAUAGAAUAGAAAAGAGCAGGUGUGGGAAUAAUACUAACCUGAUUUAAGUUCCACUUGCAUUUCUGCUUCUCCUCAUCUCAGUCUGAGACUCACCAACAGAGGUGCACAAAACGCUUUCCCAACUUUUCUCUCCGUCUCUCGCUCCCUCUCUUUCUCCUUUCCAUUUUUACCCUCCCUCAGUCUCCCCAAACAACCCCUUCGGGUUUCUUUUGCCCCGGUCCCUUUCUACCAAAAUCCACUCUAACACAACUAAAAAUUCAUUUUGUCUGACCUAAAUCAGAGGGUGUCUGCGCCAUGGGCUUAUUACACACUGCGCUUAAACUUGUGUUGUGGAGGAGGAUGGGGUAUUAUUAUCUUCCAGCUACCCACCCUGCUAUAAAAACUAGUGGUGCGACAUCUCCACAGCGCAGAGCUGCUGCCCUCCCUCCCUUCUUCCUCUCACUCUCUCGCUCGUCCUACAUGAGCCACACACAACAGUGAGCCUGCCUGACUCUAAACUCCACACCAGCCACUCGGCUACACAGACAAACCCAAGAAUCGCUCUCUGCUCUCCUCUGCUGCGCUGCUUUGCUUCCCUUCAUUGGAUAUUUUUCCUUCCUGGGGUGUUUUUUUUUUUUUGUGAAUGGGUAUCUGAAUCUAGUGUGAGGAGCUUGUGAAUGGACUGACUGACAGACGGGCAAAGAGCGAGGCAGCUGUGUUUCAAUUAAAGAGAGCUAUGCUGAGAGGUCAAGUGAGGAGCAGCGGAGCUUCUUAGUAGUCUGGAAAUACAAAGACACGUGAGAGGAAUUGAGAAAGAGAAGCAGAGAUAAAGAGAGAGAAGAUGGUCCACCACAGAGAGGAGGAUCUGAUCGGAAUCCCCUUCCCAAAUCACAGCAGCGACGUCCUCUGCAGCCUCAACGAGCAGCGUCGCGACGGGCUGCUCUGCGAUGUCAUCCUCAUCGUCCGAGACCAGGAGUACCGCACCCACCGCUCCGUCCUGGCCGCCUGCAGUCAGUACUUCAAGAAGCUCUUCACAGUGGCCACUACUGAUGGCGGAGAUCCCAAUCACGCCGCCGCUGUGUAUGAAAUUGACUUUGUGGCUCCAGAGUCGCUCACAGCCAUCCUGGAGUUCGCCUACACGUCCACGCUGACUGUGACGGCGUCAAACGUCAAAGAGAUCCUGAAUGCAGCUCAGAUGCUGGAGAUACCCUGCAUCAUUAACGUUUGCCUGGAGAUCAUGGACAGCGGUGGCGGAGGGGGUGGCGGUGGGGGUGGGAGAGAGGUGGAAGGGGAGGAAGAUGAAGAGGAGGAAGAGGAAGAGGAGGAAGAGGAAGAGGAGGACGAAGAGGAGGACGCGGGGUCGAGAAAGGAUGAGCACGAGGAAGAAGAGGACAAUGUCAGCGAGAGGUCGCUCCAGUCUUCCACGAGCAGGGGGGAGCGGACGCCCCCGGGGAUGGAGGAUUCGCCACCUCCGAGCACCUCUAAGUACCACCAGCAGUUCGGGCUGCACAGGGAGACGCCCCAGUCGCAGUCUCCAGAAACCAUGAGAAAGCAGGAGAGCAUUGAGACUCGAGCUCUGAAAGAUUUCUCCAUCGAGUCUCUCCUGCAGGAAGGGCUCUACCCUCGCAUGCCAGCACUGGACAGGAGGUCCAACUUUUCUCCUCUCCUCCCAGGAUUCUACCCUCCGAUGUGGGCCGCUGAGUUCCCAGCUUUCCCUCAGCAGCUCCUGGAGCCAACCCACCACCCUCACAUGGGGGCUUCACCACAAACCAGGCUCCCCCACAGCUUCCCUGCCUCCACACCACUCGAAGCCUCCAGACCCCUUGAUCUGGCCGUAAAAAGAGAGAUCAUAAAGGAGGAGAUGAAAGAUGAAGUCCCUCCCAGUAUGCUCCAAGGCGAACUGCUGAAGGAGUUUGUCAGCUCGAACCUGGACGGCACUAUGAACGCAGGGUCAGUGCCAGCAGAGAGUCAUCCGCUGGGUCCCAUUAAGGAUGAGGCAGACUUUCGGUCGUACCUGAGUUUUCUGAGCUCCGCAUCCCACCUGGGUGCGCUGUUCCCCCCCUGGCAGCUGGAGGAGGAGAGGAAGAUGAAGCCCAAAGCGUCACAGCAAUGUCCCAUCUGCAACAAGGUCAUUCAAGGAGCUGGGAAACUGCCACGGCACAUGAGGACACACACAGGGGAGAAACCAUACAUGUGCACAAUCUGUGAAGUACGAUUCACCAGACAAGACAAGUUGAAGAUCCACAUGCGGAAGCACACAGGUGAACGCCCCUACAUCUGCCAUCACUGCAACUCCAAGUUUGUCCACAACUACGACCUGAAAAAUCACCUGCGCAUCCACACGGGCGUCCGUCCGUAUCAGUGCGAACACUGCUACAAAAGUUUCACGCGGUCUGACCACCUGCAUCGACACAUCAAGCGGCAGAGCUGCCGAAUCUCACGCCCCCGGCGGGGACGGAAGCCAGCUGCUUGGCGUUCAGCGCCCCCCGGCAACUUCCUGUGUCCCCCUACUGCUGCGACCAACCGGUUCGAGGAGAGCAGGUUGAGCCCCGCGUACCAGGGGGUCAAGAGUCACGCACUUGGGGAGCUGCUGGGCCUCGGGAACAGAGGUCAGGGGUUUAAGAGCGCGGACGCUGCCGGCAGGGAGAGUAGGGAGGAGCUGCGGGCAGAAGGGAAGCACAUCUCAGAGGAGGAGAAGCCGGGAGCUGGGAGGCAGAGGGGAGUGUUUGCUUUUGCUCUAGCUGGAGAAGAAGUGCUUACCCAAUCUCCAUAUUAUGCUGCGACCUCUAACCCCUGGGCCAUGAGGCUGGAGCGGGCUCCACCCAUCCCUGAGCCGGCCAAAUGAACACUGGUCUGCAGAAGACAAAAGGAAAAAAAAAGACAAAGAAAAUGUCUUUAAUCUCUGCAUCUCAUCUGCUCCAGAAAGCUAAAGCACCUUUUACACAGAGAGAGAGAGACAGCAAGAGAGAGUGACGUGUCAAUGAAUAGCUUGAAGCCUGCUGAUACGGCAAACAGAUAUUCAAUCAAAAAGCAGACUUCUGUCACAUCUGCACGAAACAGUAGGUCAACACAGGUCUUACUAUUCACAUUAAUGAAGGUUCUCUUCUAAAUGAAUGUGAUUAGCAGCACCCGUGAGUACCUGCAGCACGAUGUUGUGGCCGACGGCGACAAAAAGGUCUAUUUCUUCAUCCCCGUGAAUGUUUACAUAUUCCUUCAAAAGAAGCAAAACAGUCUGUUUAUGAGGGAUGCCGUUUUCGUACAUGUAUAUUUUUUGCAUUAUUUAUUCAAAACGCUGUAAAAAAAAAAAUUAAAUUUUGAUAAGAUUCCUCUGAAACUGAAAAAUUUGUUUCUUUAAAAUGCAGAAUGUAAACACGUGGUCGCAAAUGUAUAAAAAGGGGGAAUUUAUUGUCAAAAAUGGCAUUAAGUAGACUUAAUUAACAUAAAAGAAAAUUGAAAUAUAGCUUAAUAAAUCAAUAAAUAACCCUUCACUGAGACAAUUUCACGUUUUUAUUUUAAGUCGUUGGGCAGCGCUCUCCAAAUAAAAGCAUCUAUGGUGCUUGGAUGCUUUAGUUGUCAUCUUAUAGUUUUCUAAAAAUAAAGGGAGACCACUUGAAAACUUAAUUAGGAGACACGAUGAUGCAUUACGAUCCCUCCACUGCCUUUAUUCACAUUUAAGCUCUUUUGUCUGCACUAUUGUACAUAUGGAUCCAAACUUUUUGGCCAUGCUGGUGUUAAUUACAGUUCUGUUGCUGAUGUUG